UUUUGGCUCAAGAGUUUUUAUGAGUGCGCAAUAGGUCAGCCCUUCCUUCGGACGGCUUCCGCUGAGUUCGGAGGAAUGUUGCCGACGACUUCCGCUGUGGAGGACGCUGGCGAGGUGCCGUCCUCCUCGCCCGUGCCCGCGUUCGAGGAUGACCUGGCCUGUCCGCCAGGCCUCGGAUCCCCCCAGAGCUCCGACAGCGGCAAGGACGACCACAAGAAGCAUCAGAUCGGGCUUGCCGGCCCGCCUGGGCUCCCGCUGCCGCAGCCGACGCAGGUCGCGGCGCGCCGGAAGGCGUCUUCGUCGCCCGUCGGCAGCAUGUCAGAGCCAGAGCCCGAGGUGAAGGCGGAGGCGGAGAACGAGGAGUCCGCUGCCACGAAGCGCUUCUGUGUCUGGUGCGGGAAGCGGGUGCCUCCGAAGCUGGUGUCGGCCCGCUUCUGCGUGUUCUGCGGGGGCGUGCACAGUGGCGAGGGCGCUGGGGCGCCCAACCACGGCAAGCCGAACCAGCCAAAGCCGCCACAGGCGCGGGUGGCAGCCACAGGCGCGGCGUUGCAGGCGGAGGCGCGGCAACGCGUGGCUGCCGCCUUGGCGGAGCAGUCUGCCGCGAUGAUGGUAUGGAGCCAGAGUCAGGCGGCCGCACUCGCCUUCGGCGAUGGGUAUUUCGGCAAGGAAGAGGUUGGCAUCUCGAGGGCAGCUCUGUACGGCAGCUUGUCCGACCCGGUGUUCUUGCCAGUCAACGACGCUAAGCCCUCAAGCGAGGCGUGGGGCGAUGGGUCUUCGUUCGGGGCCGACCCGUUCGAGGAAGGCGCCGAGGACAUGCUGUGGGCGCACAGGUGGCAGCGGUCGCUCACCUCGCCGGCGAAGAUGCAGUACACCAACGAUGCCGUUACUCCCGCGAUGUUGUAUCAGAUGCAGGUGAGCAGCGGCUGGAACUGAGGCGCACGUGCGCCUGUAGAGCCAUGUUCUUCCAACUGCAACGCCGGCGAAUUCAUGGGGCUGGACUUGCACAGCUAGCAGCAAUCGUACUUGUUGCCGGUCGUGUUGAGUGGUGGCGGUGGUGGGGGCGCAGGAGACCGCCCGAAUGAGUACCCAGGUCAGUCCCCUUCUUCAGUUAUCCUGCUGGCAUUUCAAGAAGCAGCUCUGUCCACCGACGGUCUGCUGUGUAGAGAAUUGCUUGCGUGGCUUCUGGUAUGAUCCUACCAGGGCCUAGUAGCGAAAAAUAAUGAGUGCUGACUGGUUGAUGUAGACUGUGUGCAUUGCGGUGCAAUCCUGGAUCUGAAGGUUGUGGAGUUUUGCCGUCAGCACUCGUUAAAUUUUUUUCACGUUGCUUUUGUUCGCGUGCCGCGCGCGGUGGCCCGUUUAAGCUUUCACUCGCGCAGCGGUAUAGUGCUUUGAAGCUGGAACAUGGCCGUUGACUCGAGAUACGUGUGUAUUGUGCUAUCUGGAUCCAGACGUCGCCCUCUGCCCAUGUGGGUGGCGCAUGUGUAAGUGACGCACGUGCGACUGCCUGAGGCGUGCGCCAUCCUGUGGGCAACUAUGAAGGCCGGACGGUGAGGCUACGAGCCUGGCAGGACGCAUCAUGCUUGCCCCACCUCGAUCGCUCCAGGGUUUUCGUGCUCCAGGGUCUUCGCGCUUGUUCUCUCAAGCCCUUGAUUUCUGCAACUGCUAUGAUCGCAGACUGGGCAGCUUAGUGGACCGCCCGGUGGCGUGAGAGCGCCGACGCGAUGGGGAGGCACCGGCGAGUGUGAA